UGGUGAUCUCCCUGUUCUCUACAGGAGUGAUGUGGUAAAGACCCUGAUCUCUUUCUUGGACUCUAGGACUACAUUACCCAGAAGACCCUGCGCGGAAGACCAACAGCUUAGCCAAUCGAGGGUCAGAAAAGCUGUUUCCAGGCGACGCUAAACUCCAAGGGGCGGGACUUCCGUCAUCCACGCAAGGGACAUUUUGGCUCUACCCAGACGCAGUCUGCACCCUGUUUGGAGGCUCUGGACCACUGGGUCCCGGACGAGAUGCCCCGACAGAGAAGGCGCGGGAGUCGCGGCGCACACAGCGCACGCGCGGGGGUGAAGCCCAGUGUCCGCGCCCGGGAGACCCGCCCCGCGGCCCGGACAGGCCCCGCCCUUCCCGCGGCGGCCGCUGCCCCCGCCGCCACCCCCGGGCUCCGCGCACACAGUCCGAUGGCGGCGCCCGCCCCGAGGCGCGCGGCUGAGGUUGGCGUGACCUUUGAGGACAUUGCCCUGUACUUCUCCAGGGAUGAAUGGAGCCUCCUUGAUGAGGGUCAGAGGCAGCUGUACCUGAAUGUGAUGCUGGAGAACUUUGAACUUGUGUCCUCGCUGGGUUGCUGCUGUGGAGCAGAAAAUGUAGAGGCACCUUUUGAAGAGAACAUUUCUGUAAGAGUAUCACAGGCAAGGAAUCCCAAGUUAGCUUUGUCUUCCCAGAAGAGCCACCCUUGUGAGAGUUGUGGACUAGUUUUGAGAAACAUUUUCCAUGUGACUCAUCAGCAGGAAUUACUACACAGGCAGAUUCUAUUGAGGUGUGGAGCAUGUGCAAAGCAAUUUUAUUUCAGUGCACCAUUUCACCAGCAGCAGCACUUGAGAGAGAAGCCUUUGAUAAGAGGUGUGAACUCGGUCUCACUUGAAGAGGGCUGCAAUUUCAAUGUGUUUCAGAAGCUUUUUAGCUGUGGAGAGGUGGGGCAGGACAUCCUUAGCACAGCAGGACAUCUCCAGCAAAUGGCUACUCAGAUCAGUGAGAAGCCAAAUGGUAUCUCGAUGUGUGGGGUGACGUAUCAAGAGGAAAAUAAUUGUUUUACUAAUAAAGAAUGUGAUAAAUCCAUCGGCUCUAACUACAUAUGUGAUUGGGACAAGGGUGUCCUUUCUGGAAAAGCUUAUUUCAGUUGCCGUGAAUGUGGAAAAUAUUUUUCUCGAUUUUCUACUUUUUGUUAUCAUCAGAGAUUUCAUGCAGAAAAAAAGCUUUAUAAGCACAGUGAAUGUGGGAAAUUCUUUAUUACUAGUACUGGCCUCCUUUACCAUCACACAGAUGAAAGGCCUUAUCAAUGUAUUGAAUGUGGGAAAUCUUUUACCAGCAUCCAUUACCUUUGUCGUCAUCAGAAAAUUCAUAAUGGAAAGAAGCUUUAUAAGUACAGUGAAAGUGGGAAAUCAUUUAUUCAGAACUAUACCCUUCAUUGCCAUCAGAGAGUUCACACUGGAGAAAGGCCUUAUGAGUGCAGUGAUUGUGGGAAAUCUUAUACCCAGAGCAGUGGACUCAGUGCUCAUCAAAGAGUUCACAGUGGAGAAAGGCCUUAUGAGUGCAGUGAAUGUGGAAAAUCAUUCAAUGGGAAAUAUGUCCUUCGUCGUCAUGAGAGAAUUCACAGUGGUGAAGAACCUUUUGUGUGCAAUGAAUGUGGAAAAUCUUUUAUCUGUAGAAAUGGCCUCCGUUACCAUGAGAUGAGAGUUCACACUGGAGAAAGGCUUUUUGAGUGCAAUGAAUGUGGAAAAUCUUUUACCUCUAGAAGUGGCCUCCGUUACCAUCAAAUGAGAGUCCACACUGGAGAAAAGCCUUAUAAGUGCAAUGAAUGUGGGCAGUCUUUUGUCAAUAGUAAUCGCUUACGUAAUCAUCAGAGAUUGCACACUGGAGAAAAGCCUUAUAAGUGCAAUGAAUGUGAGAAAUCUUUUACCAGUAUUGCUUAUCUUAAUUAUCAUCAGAGAUUGCACACCGGAGAAAGGCCUUAUAAGUGUGAUGAAUGUCAGAAAUCUUUUGACACUACCUAUCAACUUCGUUAUCAUCAGAGAGUUCACACUGGAGGAAACCCUUAUGAGUGCCGUGAAUGUGGGACAUCAUUUACUCAGAAAUAUGCCUUCCAUUGUCAUCAGAGAAUUCACACUGGAGAACGUCCUUAUAAGUGCAAUGAAUGUGGGAAAUCAUUUACUCGGAAAAAUGUCCUUCGUUAUCAUGAGAGAAUUCACACUGGUGAAAAGCCUUAUGAGUGCAGUGAAUGUGGAAAAUCUUUUACCUGUGGAAGUAGCCUCCGUUUCCAUCAGAUGGGAGUUCACACUGGAGAAAGGCCUUAUGAGUGCAAUGAAUGUGGGAAAUCUUUUACCAGUAGUGAUAGCUUCCGUCGUCAUCAGAGAAUUCACACUGGAGUAAGACCUUAUAAGUGCAAUGAAUGUGGGAAAUCUUUUAUCAGUGGUAGUAGCUUGCGUCGUCAUCAGAGAGUUCACACUGGAGAAAAGCCUUAUGUAUGUGGUGAGUGUGGGAAGUCUUUUACCACCAAAUAUUGCCUUGGUUCUCAUCAGAAAAUUCACACUAGAGAAAGGUCUAAUGAGUGUAGUUAAUAUGGGAAAUCUUUUAGCCAAACUUCUAACAGAGGAGUUCACAUUGGAGUAAGGUCUUAGAUAUGCAGGAAAUAUAGAUUUUUUUUCGACCAUAACAGUACUAUCAGAAAUUCUAUGAAAUCCUGUUUCUCUGAACUGAAUCUCAUACACGGCAACAUCAAGAGUAGGGAGAUUCACAAUAAAUUUUGUGCUGUGAAAA